AUGAUUUUUGAUCUCUAACCACCAUCUCCAUCUCUCUCUCCCAAUUCUAGAGUUCGAUACUAUUAGGAAUAGUUAGAUAAAGCUCAUGAAAUUAUAGAUCAAUUAGAAAUUUUACUCUAAGAAAAAGAACUACAAAAAUAAUAAGAUCACCCCUCUUCUAGUUAUGUUCCAAUUCCUCCUCUCUAAUUUCAUUGUAAAUCUCCUAGUGUCAUGAGUGAAAGAUCUAAAAGCUAUGUAGCUACUCCUCAAUAGUAUUCCACACCAAGAGAUCUCAGGAAUCGUAUGUCUAUGGGUAAUUAAAACUCAAUCAAAUAUAUUGAGGAAAUGAAAACAAGGCAUAGUGAACUUGUUUUAUAAUUUAAAGAAGAUAAUACUCAAAGAGAGUUGAAAAAUAAGGAAAUCAAUGAUCAUAUCUAAGAACUAAAAACAGAAUUAAUUUAUUGUUAAGAAAAACAAACAAUGACUAAAAAAGAAAAAAAAUAAUCUUAGUAAUAAUUGGAAGUUCUUUAAAAUGAGAUUGAAAACAUUUAAUCUUAAUUGCAAAAAUCUAGAGAACAAGGAUUAUAAUUAUUAUAGAAACUAUAACAAUAUAAACAAGAUACUUAAGAAAUUGAGCUGGAAUAAGAAUAAGAAAUAAUUCUAUAAGAUUAACAAACAAAUUCUAAACUUGAAACUCCUGAUCCAUCAAAAAAGAGAAAAUACAAAAAUUCUACUAGUCACAAAAAACUUAUGUAAUCCUUACAAUAAGAAAUUGAAUUACUUGAAGCUUAAAAAAAGCAUUAUUAUAACAAUUCUAUUUCAAACUUCUAAGAAAAAGAAAUUGAAACUAAUCUAAUAAACGAUGAAAUUGUAAUAAACUUUUAUUUAUUUUUAGAUUGAACCUAAAUAAAAUCAAAGAAUAGAUACUUUAGAUGAUAUGAGAUUAGUGACUGAUUCUGGUUUUAAAUUUAACACUUAAAUAGAUCAUGAAAAUGAAUCAGUUCGGUCAUUUAAAAUUAAGAAAUAGAAACCAAGAAGUUGUGAAUCAUGUAUCAUAUUCUGA